GGGAGGAUGGCCACUGAUCGGCAGCGACGAUCCACAGCAGAGCAAAGAAGCUCAGAGCGGGCGCGGCCGACUUCCCCUGCUGAUACGAUCCUCCACGGCGUGAGAAAAGCUGACGGGCCGCUGCGGCGCGCAACGGGUUCAGGCUCGAACACAACUCAAGUCACUCCCGCGUCGAAAAAAGGACAUGCUCUGGGUCAGUCGCCGAAGAGCUGCCAGAAGGCAUCGCGCUCGAAGUAGCGCCGCUGGUCCGAAGUCGAAAUCCGCAAAGAUAGCAAGCAUGACGAACAGGCUCGUGUAUCCGACGAGUGAGAAAGCAGCCAUAGCACUACGUCCCCAAGAACAGUGCGCACUGAAGCCCAGGAACAGACAGGAGGCUCGCGACACCAGCAGGAGCAUCAGUAAUCGGCAACGCGCCAUCGUUUGUGAUGCUCUGCGACACUGCAAAAUCAGGGCCCGCCAAUCGCAGAUCCACCAGUCUUGUAGUGAAAGGGCCUGGAGAGAACGCGGAGCGCAAAAUCGCGAAACACCCGCGGCCCGCCAAUCGCGGCAAACAACUGGAAUAUGUCCAACACCCUAGCGCUGUGACGAAGGAUGACAAUCCGCAACGCGCUCGAGAUCCUGGGCAAGCAGCGGCGCUUCCACCAGUCGCGCGGGCGGAGCCAAUCACGCGAACGACGUCCAUGUUGCUCCCAGCCGAGGCUCUCGCGGCGGCAAGCGCGCCCCCUGGUCACGAAGAUCAGGCCGUAGCACCCAAGAGGGUGAAGCUCGAAGCCAAGCUGGUCGAUGAACAAACCAGCCCAGGGGGAGCAGUCUCGAGCAGAAACUUGCUUGACAUCAACAGCAAUACUAUAAAAAGUUAAGCCUCAUCAGUCAGAGCUGUCAGAAUUAGCCUUGGUCUCGACCUCCACAGGCCUGGCGCUCCCAAGGCGAUGACACACACAAGCAAACACGGCAGCGCUCGCGCGGGCAGAGGACGAGGAAGAGGAAGCAGCCCUCGGG